AUGGCCGGCUCCGGUAAAUCUCAAAAGGGUCGUGGCGGCAUAAGCGGUGGGAUGGGGUCAUCGUCUGGAAGAGCUUCAUCUCACACCUCAAACAGUAGUACCCCGACUUCAAAUCGCCGUCCCCUGCCUAUUCAAUACGCUCAUAGUCAGAGCCCUAUUCCGGAGACAAUCCCACCGCGUGGCUCGACUCUUGCUCCACAGGCGUCGCCGCGUGGCUCUGCUUCACACCCACAGCCGAUCCGUCCCCAACCGCUUCGUCCACCGCCGUACGUUCCACCACAGUGGACUCCACCACCGUACAAUCCACCGCCGGAAGGUCCAGAGACAGACGCUGAACCAAUGGAGGAUCAAUUCCCGGAACAGGCUCAACCACCACCGCAUCAAGAUCCACCGAUGAGUAUCCACGACUUGCUGCAAACACCAGGUCGUACUGACUAUUUACCCAUCUUGGACCCUCUUCCCACCGCAAACACAAUAUGGUUUGAUCGGGAUGAUGGCAAAUUGGUUCGCAAAAUAUCCAAGAUUUUGAAAAGCAAGUUUGAUGGUCCAUACUACUGCUGGACAAAAACGCCUCCAUAUGUUCAAGAUAGGUGUUUCAUAGCCUUUGCGCAUACCAUUGGGAUCCCUUGGUCCAUUCACUCGUGGAAGACGAAUUCAAGGCAUUGCAUUGAAUCGGAUGAAAGACAUGGUCUCCAAAGCAAGGACAAAACGGGUUCGACCAAGUUGGAUUGGGGAAACAUUGUGGGAGAGUAUGUGCGCUUACUGGUCCACCGAGGAGGCCAAAGCGAGAAGUUCUACUGCAUCAAAUGCAAUCAAAUUUCCGAAAGAUGGACUUGGCAAGCGCAUACAUCGGCUAAGUUUGGGGGUGCCAACUCGAGCUCGAUCGAGUUGGGUGUAAAAACCAGAAAAGUGGUCUUUUGGAGCAUUCUGGAGCAUAUGGGACGAGGAGCAUGGAGGGACUUGGCACAUGGAAGCAGCUCAACUGGAUACGCAAAGGAAGAAGGGAGAAGCCAUCUUGAAGACCAGCUCGACCGUCUACUCGACCAACCGGUCGAGUUCCUCAACUCGACCGGCCAAGCUUCAACUCGAUCGAGCUGA